AUGGCCGACUCCUCUUCCUCAAGCCUGAAAGAAAACAGGUCCCGGCGCUCCUGGACAAUUUCUGCCGAAUCAAGCGCCAUGGAGAGUAACGGCCGAUCCUCCCCCGAUUCCACCGAACGACCGAAGACACAGGGUGGAGAAGUAGAUUCCAGGGCUGGUCCCAGUGGUUUCUCCAAGCUCCUCGAGGCGCGUCGGAGGCGCAAGAAGAAUAAAAAACAGAAACCGGCCGAUGAGCCGGCAGUCCCCAGUGUGGUCUUGGAAGACGGUCUCCACGAAAGCCGAUCCAACGAGUCUCGGGAUGGGACCUCCGCAGCCACCUCCUCUGUCGCGGGGAGCUCUGGACAAGCGGAAGGUGAGGUCAUCAAUCUCUUGACGGACGACUCCGAGCCAGAUCGGACCCCGCCGCUCACGUCGCAUAACUCCCAUACCGGGUUCUACACCACCUCCUCGCCAUUGAUUAAGACAGCCUCGGUCGACGCCGCGCAUUUGGACGAAUCGCAAGGUGAUACGGAGUCAGCGGUCAGCGGACCGAGCAUGACUAGCUCGGGGUCGAACCCAAGCGAUCGAAAAUCUAGGCGUCCAACACAGUCGAGCUUGGCGUUGGAUGUCCCCGACGACUCCUCGAGCAAGAAACGUAGUCCAUCACCCGGACGACGCUUCAAAGACGCAUUUACCUCCGAGAAGAAAGCCCCGAUCGAGGACCCGGAGACCGAAUCCACCAAGUCCGGGGCCAACAAGAGCCGAAGUUUGUUUGGAGGCAGUCGACGGAGCAGUCUUUCAUCCAAGCGUGCCCAGGCAGCCGCCGAGGAAAUUCCUCCUCUUCCUGCACCGAUUCGGACGGAUCUGACGGAAAACAAACCUCGUUCGCUCCAAGCGAGCCCGAUGCCGAACACCCCGCCCCAUACCGCCAUUCCUGCACCAGCGACCACCGUAACACCCCCAACCCCAACUGAGUUCAAUCCCCUCAACCCGCAGAUUUUGUCCAACAAUGUGACCGACUCGCCUGAAUCCAUUCAAUCGAGAAAUUCCAUAUCCGACGGAGUGACCACUGUGAGCCCCUCCGGGAACAUGAUCUCUCAUCGGCGAGUACGGUCGGCCUCCGCAGCUCACGGUCCAAGUAAAUUGUCGAACUCGGUCUCCGCUUUAACACCCCUGGAUGAAAAGUCCAGCGGGACGAAGAACUCAAGCCCGAACCAGCAGAAUGGAUUCUUCUCCUCUGUUUUUUCUGUGGCACAAAAUGCGGCCUCUUCAUUGAGCAACAGCCUCAACGCGCAGCAAAAGAACCGCCCCACAUCUCAACCUAUCGCUGCCGAGCCUGAUAAAUCUAGUUCUGACUCCACGGAAGAUGCUGAACAAUUAUCAGAGCAUGGUAGCAAGAGCGGGGAAGGAACGCAGGCUGCGGUGGAAACCCUCGGAGCAGGUGAUUUGGACUUCAGCCACCUGGAUAUCAAUGUACGACCAGGAGAAUCAAUCACCACUCCGGAUGGUGUCAUCAUCACAAAGCCAGUGAACCCAACUGAUAAACGCAAAAGCACCAAUGUCUCCCGGAGAGAUGAGGAAGCUGCCAAGCUUGAAGACAAGCGCGCUGCGCGUGCUGUCCAGGCUGCAUACGAGAGACCCGACAAGUCGGGAAGACCGUCAGAGCUUUCUUUAGUCGGCGCUCCUGCGGAUGAUGUUUUGGAGGUUCAGUCGACGACUUCCCUUCCGAAAGACGGUCCUCUCCUGGGCGACCAAACCCCGCCGACUGGUAGUGUCAUUGAUGGUGACCUGAGUGGAGGCCUCAACCGCAGUGGCAGCGUGCGUAGCAGACUCGCACGGCGCCACCGUGGUUCCUCCGGGGCCACGAAUUCGACCAUUGGAGCUAUUGGCAUUAAUGCCAUCGGCCUCGGUGCACCUGGUGUCAAUGCCAGUGCGCCUCGUUUGACUGGUUUCGCUGUCGCAAGCAAAAAGCGCAACAGAGACUUCCACCAGUUGUUCCGGAGUGUGCCUGAAGAUGAUUACCUGAUUGAAGACUAUAGCUGUGCCCUGCAACGUGAGAUCAUUCUUGCUGGUCGGAUCUACAUCUCAGAAGGACAUGUUUGUUUCUCCAGUAACAUUUUGGGAUGGGUAACCACUCUAGUCAUCAGCUUUGACGAAGUCGUUGCUGUUGAAAAGGAGAACACUGCUAUGGUGUUCCCUAACGCUAUUGCUAUUCAGACUCUUCAUGCCCGUCACACCUUCCGCAGUCUGUUGAGUCGCGAGUCCACGUAUGACCUCAUGGUCAACAUUUGGAAAAUCAAUCACCCCACCAUCAAAAGCUCAGUUAAUGGCACCCGUGUGGCUGAAGGAACCGGCGACAAGACAGAAAAGGUUGGGGAAGAAGAAAGCGAAUCAGAAAGCGACGCGUCUGACGAAGACGAGAUCUACGAUGAAGACGAGGAAGAGGAUCAUGCCGAGAGCUUGUUCGAUGGUCCUGCCAGCGCUAACGCUAGCUCAACAUCUUUGCCGGUGAGAGCAGGCUUAAGUCGCAAGGCGUCGAGUCUUUCUGCAAAUGCAGCGACCCCCGCAACCGGAACCAACGGCAAUGGUGAUAAGAAGAACGGUGACAAAGGUGCUUCCAAGGAUGCACCUCCUGAUUUCCCUGGCCCCGUCACGCAUGCGCCCACCGAAUACGUCGAUCCUAAUGGUCAGUAUGAAAAGGUCAUCAAGGAUGAAAUUAUUCCAGCGCCACUUGGAAAAGUCUACUCUUUGGUCUUUGGUCCCGCUUCGGGCGAGUUUAUGACAAAGUUCCUCGUCGACAACCAAAAGUCUGGAGAAUUACAGUUCGAGUCAACAGCAAAGGGCCUUGCCACAGAAAGCCCUGUGAGGAAAUAUUCUUACAUCAAACCUCUCUACGGCUCAAUUGGUCCAAAGCAGACCAAGUGUAUUAGUACCGAGAAUUUGGAUUUCUUGGACCUCGAAAAGGCCGUCCUGGUUACAUUGAGCACGCAGACGCCUGAUGUGCCCAGUGGAAAUGUCUUUGCUUGCAAGACCAAGUACCUCUUCACAUGGGCCCCUAAUAACCAGACUCGUUUCCUCAUGACUUGCACUAUUGAAUGGACAGGCAAGAGUUGGUUGAAGGGUCCCAUUGAGAAAGGUGCAAUUGAUGGACAAGGCACGUUCGGAAACGAGCUCGUCAAAGCUCUGCAGGCCGCCGUCGUUCCCCGAGGACGAGCCACCGCAGCCCGAGGCAAAGGUCGACGCAAGAAGGGUGAUCCCGCAGGACGGGAAUCUACCACUGCCGCAUCAUCGAAGGUUGCCACUGACUCCACCGCCGGGAAGGGUGAUUCAUGGGGCUUGUUCGAGCCUGUCCGCCCUAUUCUGGAACCGUUCACCAGUAUCCUCAGUCCACUAUGGAGCGGAAACGUUGCACUUCUGCUGAUCGGUAUCCUUCUGUACAUGGCCUUCUUCCGAUCCCCGUCAUCGUCUUCUCUUGCACACCAGGGCGGUUGCGCUGGUCACGGCUUACCACAAAGACUGGCCGCCUAUGAGGAAAUGUGGCGACGCGAAGAGACAGAACUCUGGAACUGGAUCGAGGAUCGCGUUGGCAUGGACGGAAUGGUCUUCCCGAAUGCCUACCGCUCCCCAGAGCCCCAUCCCAGCCGUCGGUCAUCUGGCAGUAGUGCGGCCAAUGAGCGGGAGUUGGCUUCUCGUCUCCGCGAGGAGAAGGUCUCGGAUCGUGAAAUGGACCAUGCCAUACGAACCACCCGUCAACGCCUCGAUGUCCUCGAGGAAAUGAUGAGCAAGCGCAAGGUUCAGUGGGAUGCCGAUGAACCGGUCAAGUCUGAACUAUGA